AUGGACCCCCACACAACACCCACCUCCUACAAGAGGAGUAAUCCCAAACCCCGGAAACCCCAACGCCUCCUCGCUACCACCUCAGCCCUCCUCCUCCUCUCCCUCCUCUCUUCUAUCCCUACACCUACACUUGCUCAGGACGGCUUCCCCGUCGGAACCCGUCGAGUCGGCUUCACAACCCUCAACGACGUCCUCUACAUUCAAGGAGGUUUCGAUGUCGAAACCUCAAACCAGUUUGUAUCCCUCGACCUCUCGACCUCCUGGCCCACCACUACUCCUGCAUGGACGAUCCUUAAAGAUGGACAAGCCACCUCUCACCUUACCCUGUCUGCAAUCAGCGCCGGAUCGAACGGUGGAUCCAAGGGCUCGAUCCUCGCGAUCGGUGGAAUGCCCGCCCGUACAGGACCCCCCAGUGUCCUAGCCAUGUACGACAUCAACUCUGCAUCCUGGACAAAUGCCCUCAACAAUGUCAAACCCCCCUACCCAGCUCUCGAAGGUCACGCAGCUGUGUCGGACCCCAAUACCGGAUUGAUCUACAUCAUUGGAGGAUAUAACGGGACGACGACGAACUUCUUGUAUAACACUUUAUCGGUGUAUGAUCCCAAAUCGAGGAUGGUGGCCUCGCAACAGGCAGGGACGGCUGCGAACAGUUUGACGGACGUUGGGGCUGUUUGGUCGACAAAACGGAAUUCGAUCUUGACGUUUGGAGGGUCGAGAGCUCCUCCUGCGGGAACUAAUGCUGUCGGGAAUGAUAUUCUGGAGUAUGAUGUUACUACUAAGGCAUGGAGUACCAUGAGCACCUCUGGUGAUGUACCCCCAGCUCGCUUAGAUCACUGCAUGGCUGUUUCUGAAGACGGCUCAAAGAUCGUCGUAUACGGAGGCACUCUCGACGGCGUCCUCUAUUACAACAGCAUCUACAUCCUCGACCUCAAAUCCGGGAAAUGGAAACAAGGAACUCCCUCUCCAACUGCCCGAACCCGCAUGGCAUGCGCCUUCCACUCAUACCAAUUCAUCGCCUGGGGUGGAUCCACUGGUGCAGCCCGAACCACAAUGCUCAACAACACCCCCGUCGUCUAUGACCUUAACUCUGACAAGUGGGUCGAGAAUUAUAACGUGGACAGUACUGAAAAGAAGACCAACGCCGGCGCGAUUGUGGGGGGUUUGGCGGCCGUGGCGGUGGUGGGUGGAGCGAUCGCGUUCCUGAUGAUCAAGAAGCGGAGGCAGAGACAGACGGAUGAGGCGUAUAAAUCAAAUUCGCUGGCCGCGAAUUUGGCUAGUAUGGAGGACGAUAAUAUCAAAGUCGAGGCGCCCAAUUCUCCACGGAUGGAGUAUGGGAACCAAUACCCUCUCAACAAAAUGGAGAACUCUGCCACCAGCCCCUCACAACAACAACUAUACCCGGCAUACGGAGUCCAAUCCCCAGCAGUCGCAUACCAGCAAUAUGGAGGCGACCAUACCGGAUAUGUCGGAUCCCCUUACCAACAAUACAACGUCGCACUCGGACCAGGUGGGGAAUACGGACCUGACCAAUAUGGCGCCUACCCCUCCCACAUUCAACACCAACAAGGAUACCCACCAGCCCCUGGUACAGGAAACGACUACGCCCAACAACAGAACCCCUUCAUGUCGCCAGAUGACUACCACUCCCAAGCAACAGUCGGCGGCAUGGCCUCGUCAGUGAGCUCCGGAUCCAGUAACCCCUUCACAAAUGCUGCCAAUUCCGCCGCAACACCCACCUUCACGUCAGUCUCAGCUAUAGGCUCCCCGGCUGCAGGGUACCAGACCACACCACGGAUAACCCCUGCACACGACCCCUUCCAAUCGACUCAGAGCUCCCCCUGGAACGGGACUUAUCCUGGUCAGCAGCAGACGAUUCCUUCUCCUGGUGCGCGUGCUCCUCAAGUCAUUCCCGAGAGUGCUACUACUACGAGUUAUGUCCCCCCACCACUGUAA